AUCUGUAAACUACUUCCUUCUUCGGGUGUGCAUAUAUACCGAGAGGUACGCGACACGUUGAUCGCUGCGCUCUGCUGCUCUGUAUGCGUGUGUGCUUUGUGAAACACAUCUUAACAUAGUUCCAUCACGAUGAAAGGGCCAGGUCUGAGUAGCUGUCUGUCCGUGUUUCUGUGUCUCGCUGUCUGUCUGCAGUUUGUCUGUACUGAUGGUACCCAGCCUGUUGACGCCCCGCUGUCCCGACAAAAGAGGUUUGACUUUGACUUCGACAAAAUAUUGCAGGGUUUGAAAGCGGCCGGCACCUUUGUAAAGACAGCCACCAACCUUCUUGGCCAAGGGAAUUCAACGUUUGGAAAGUUUAUUAACAGGCUUCCCUUCUUGGAUCUGCCCGAUGCCAAAAUGAUUUUAGGCCGAUUUGAGGACAUGAUGACGAAGGAUGACAUGACGCCGGUUCAGAAGGACCUCGCCCACCGCUUAAUGGACGCCAUGAAUCAUUCAAUCUCGAUAAAGGAGCAAUUCCAAGAAAACAGCGGUCAGAAACAGUUCGAUGUGUUUACUGUGCUGGCGGGGCUAAGGACUGCUGGAACUGCGGCGAAGACCAUCACAAACGUCCUUGGCUUCGGGGACUCAGCUUUCGGAAGGUUCAUCAACCAGGUGCCUUUUUUGGACGUCCCAGAUGCCAAGAACGUCCUGGGACAUGUGGAGAACAUGAUGAAGACCGAGGAAAUGACCCAAGUCAAUAUGGAUCGCGCCCAUCAGCUGAGUGAGGCGCUGAACUACUCCAUCCAGGCGAAGGAGCAAUUAGAGGGUAACAGUGGUGAGAAACAGUCAGAUUUGUUGGGUGUGCUGGCGGGGCUAAGGACUGCUGGAACUGUAGCUAAGACAGUCACAAACGCACUUGGCUUCAGGAAGUCAGCUUUCGGAAGGUUCAUCAACCAGGUGCCUUUCUUGGACCUCCCAGAUGCCAAGAACGUCCUUGAACACGUGGAGAACAUGAUGAAGACUGAAGAAAUGACCCAAGUCAAGAUGGAUCGCGCCCAUAUGCUGAUGGAGGUGCUGGAGUACUCCGUCCAGGUGAAGGAGCAAUUAGAGGGGAACAGUGGUUCGUCAACGUUGUUGCUGUCAUCGACGUUGAUGAUGUUGCCAGUCAUGUGUGCUGUGGGGUUUACAAUGUAAAUGUGUUUACAAACAUGUUGCCAGGGACGGGAGGCUAAGCAUCAAUUUUUCUUUGAAACAUUAUUUGGACUUCAUAUAUCGUUUAUAUAUCUAGAAUCAUACUCGUAUUCAUUAUGCGCUGUUCGAACAAGAGGACCUCCUCCCGAUAACGUACACAGGGAGAACUACAGUCCUGUGUUUGUGGAACAAUGAGGACGGGGCAAAGGAGUUGUGCCCUUUACUUGUACCAGGAUCUGCUUCUCGAUUCACAGAAGAGGUUCUGUUGUCAUUUUGUUAUACCUUGUUGUAAAAUACAUAAUGCCAUUACUAGGAAUGUGUAAUCCCUAAUAAAUGUAUAACAUAUGUUACACUUGUAAAAGUCGCAGUGGACACGCUCUUAACUGAAAUAAAACUUUGUAAAAUGUUA